AUGUCAAGGUCAUUAAUUAACAAUUAUUCACAGAGGGUUUACAAUUUCUGUUCGCAAAUACCAAAGGGCAAAGUUUCUACUUAUAAAUUAGUCGCAAUUGCUUCAUAUGGCAGCGCUUCAUAUGCUCGAACAGUUGGCAAAAUUUUAAGCAAGUGUGAAUGUGAGUUAAAUUUAAAUUCUUUGGAUUCUCUUUGCGAAAACAUUCACUGUUAUCGAGUUAUAAAUUCAAAUUUCUCGCUUGGUGGUUUUACUCCUAACAAAGGAGGCGGUAGUAGAGAAGAAAUAAAAAGGAAAAAACUCGCCAGCGAAG